AUGGCGGACAACACCAACACCAUGAUCGAUCCCAAGAUCUUUCAAUAUCUCCAGGCCCAUGCCGAGGAGCAGACCGAAGUGGGCGACAAGCUCACCCAGAUCAUCACUGGGUUCAACCGUCACAUAUCAACCGCCCAGGGCCACCUGAGCCGUAUCCAUGCCACACCCCUCCAGAAACUCGGGCCACUUCUGAGCCAGGUCGAAUCUGAGGGCAUCAAGCCUGCGAUCGAAAGCAUUGGCGAGCUCAACAAGUUUGCUUCCAACUACCCGUACUACAAAUACAACUUCCGAUGGAGAAGCGCCGUGCAGAACCUCAUCUACGUGAUGCUCAUCACGGCAUGGCUCGGUGGCCUGAGUAGCGAGUCGAAGCCCAGUGAGCUCGGCCGUUUGCUUAGAAUCGAAGAGAUCGGCGAGAUUCUCAAGGUACCUGUCAACCUUGAAGACCGUGAUGCCUUCCACAUCACUAUUGAGGAGUACAUUCUCGCCUUGACUGACCUCACCGACGAGCUUAGCCGCCUGGCCAUGAACUCUGUCACGAUGGGCAACAUCGACCUCACAGUCCGGAUCAGCCAGUUCAUCAAGGACCUGUUCGCAGGCUUCCAACUCCUCAACCUGAAGAAUGACAUUGUACGAAAGAGGAUUGAUGCGGUCAAGUAUCACGUCAAGAAGGUGGAGGAUGUCAUCUACGAUUUGUCCCUACGGAACCUGAUCCCUAAGGCUGCAGAGCAGGUUUAA